GUAUUUUCUGUGCUCAACAUCAUGAGAGAAAUUAUUCACGUUCAGGCGGGUCAAUGUGGUAACCAGAUAGGAUCCAAGUUUUGGGGAGUAAUAUCGGAUGAACAUGGUAUUGAUCCUAAUGGGAAUUAUAAGGGAGACUCGGAUCUUCAGCUUGAGAGAAUAGACGUUUAUUACAAUGAAGCUUCAGGAGGAAAGUACGUUCCUCGAGCUAUUCUGGUGGACCUGGAGCCUGGGACAAUGGACUCGGUUCGAUCUGGUCAGUUCGGACAGCUAUUUAGACCUGACAACUUUAUUUUUGGUCAGAGUGGGGCUGGUAAUAACUGGGCUAAGGGACAUUACACUGAAGGUGCUGAAUUAGUGGAUAUAGUCAUGGAUGUGAUGAGAAAAGAAGCGGAAAGUUCUGACUGUCUGCAGGGUUUUCAAAUGACCCAUUCACUAGGUGGCGGCACAGGUUCUGGUAUGGGAACCCUCCUUAUUUCUAAGAUUAGAGAAGAAUAUCCAGACAGGAUUAUGAGUACUUUUUCUGUGUUUCCUUCUCCUAAGGUAUCCGAAACUGUAGUAGAACCCUACAAUGCUACAUUGUCCGUACAUCAGCUGGUAGAAAACACAGACCAAACGUUUUGCAUCGACAACGAGGCUCUGUACGAUAUAUGCUUUCGUACUCUCAAACUUAGAAAUCCCUCAUAUGGUGACCUGAACCACUUGGUGUCAGCCUCUAUGUCUGGUGUAACCACAUGCCUAAGGUUCCCUGGGCAACUGAACGCUGACCUCCGUAAACUUGCAGUCAACAUGGUACCAUUCCCUCGUCUUCAUUUUUUCAUGCCUGGGUUUGCUCCGCUCACUUCUAGAGGGAGCCAGCAGUAUCGUGCUGUUACAGUGCCGGAGCUGACACAACAGAUGUUCGACUCGAAGAACAUGAUGGCAGCUUGUGACCCUCGACAUGGCCGUUACCUAACAGUUGCUGCCAUCUUUAGGGGUAGAAUGAGCAUCAAGGAAGUAGACGAACAACUUUUAAGCAUACAGAACAAGAAUAGCAGUUAUUUCGUCGAAUGGAUCCCAAACAACGUUAAAUCAGCUGUCUGUGAUAUCCCGCCACGUGGUCUGAAAAUGGCAGUUACUUUCAUCGGAAACUCCACAGCGAUUCAGGAGAUAUUCAGGAGAAUAGCCGAACAAUUUACAGCCAUGUACCGUCGCAGGGCCUUUUUGCACUGGUACACUGGAGAAGGGAUGGACGAAAUGGAGUUCACUGAGGCUGAGUCUAAUAUGAAUGACUUGGUGUCUGAAUACCAACAGUACCAAGAAGCUACUGCUGACGAUGAGUCUGAUUUUGAUAACAACGAUGAGAAUUUACUGGACGACAACCCUGCAGUCUGUGUACCUUCACCACAUAUUUCUCAACCCCAACGUGCUUAUGUACAUUGAAUACAAUAUAUCAUAUAACCCUGUAAUGUUUUCUCAUCACCAGAUGUUUCGAUUUAAGCAAGGAAGAAACGUGAAGUCUUGUCCAAAUUUUAAACAUAUCAAUUAUAGAAUUCAAUAAUAAAUUCGACCUGGUAACGAGAAAAAAAAACGCACAUUAUUUCAAACAUGUUGGCCUCUAAAACCUAUUAAAAAUAUAUGUAAAUUAUAUUUUCUUCAAAACCUUGUAGUGAAUAUAAGAUAUUUCAAACAUUGUGCUCAUAAUCCUUUCCCAUAUAAUCAACAUAAGAAGCAAGAAUGUGAAACUAUAAUAAAAAUAAAAAUAUUGACUUACACAUAAACCCAAAAUAU